UCUGCCAGCUCCCGCCCAGCUCUCAUUGAGAAAAGGGGACACGCAGCAGGACGCGGGGGAGGAGAGUGCCCUGCAGACUGCCUCCUCCACCGAUCCCAGAUCCCAGGAUGGCCACUCGACUCUUCUGACGUGGCAAUUACCUCGGGAGUUUGGAGACAGAAGGGAAAAGGGAGAAGCCUGCAGAGAGCAUCAAAGGAUGGGGGUGCUAUAAAAGGAACAGGGGAGUCCUUUGAAAAGACUAUCAUGCACUGAAAUGCUUUUCUGGAGAAGGUGCCAUUCUUUGCCUCCCCUUUUGCUCAGAUGAAAGGAGCCGGCAAGGUCGGUCCUGAAGUAUUCCCAGGGGGCCUUCCUGUGAUUGUUCCUCUGUCCCCUUGCACACCGCUAUUUGCUGACCUUUCCAGAGGAAUCUCAGCCUCCCCAGUUCCAGCUGAGAAGACAGUUCUUAAUAAAAAAAAACAAUUUCUGCUGUUUGAAUGGGAAGUGCAGCUUGCUUGCUGCGGUUCUUUUUUGCUGUGACAUUUCGGAAUGUCUGCAGAAACUUAAAAACAAAAACAAAAACCUUAAAAACUCCCCGGAUUAGGCAACAGAAAAGGAACUUUUGCCAAAAAGAAGCAAAUGAGAGGUGGUAACUUAUCUUUGACCCAGGACCUGGAUGAUAAAAACCUUCAAGUUAUAGGAAUCAGCACUUCAAACCUAACAAUUAAGCAAACAUGAGGAGUGUCUGUGGGGUUUUGAGCAAAGGCAGGUUUUAAAGGAAGCCUGGAACUGGUUCAGAACUUCCGGCCUUUAUGAUGCCUGAAGAUCGACAUGCUGGGGGCCGCCCCUCAGGUGCCUUAGCAGCAACUCCUUUCAUUCCCAAAACUACAUACAGAAGAAUCAAACGCUGUUUUAGUUUUCGGAAAGGCAUUUUUGGGCAGAAACUGGAAGAUACUGUCCGUUACGAGAAGAGGUAUGGGAACCGGCUGGCUCCCAUGCUGGUGGAGCAGUGUGUGGACUUCAUCCGACAAAGGGGGCUGAAGGAGGAGGGGCUCUUCCGACUGCCGGGCCAGGCUAAUCUUGUCAAGGAGCUCCAGGACGCUUUCGACUGCGGAGAGAAACCAUCAUUUGACAGCAACACGGAUGUACACACGGUGGCGUCACUUCUUAAACUGUACCUCCGAGAACUUCCAGAGCCAGUUAUUCCUUACGCAAAGUACGAAGAUUUUUUAUCAUGUGCCAAACUGCUCAGCAAGGAAGAGGAAGCUGGUAUUAAGGAAUUAGCAAAGCAAGUGAAGAGUUUACCUGUGGUCAAUUACAACCUCCUCAAGUAUAUUUGCAGGUUCUUGGAUGAGGUACAGUCCUAUUCAGGAGUUAACAAAAUGAGUGUGCAGAACUUGGCCACUGUCUUCGGCCCUAACAUCCUACGCCCUAAAGUGGAAGAUCCUUUGACCAUCAUGGAGGGCACUGUGGUGGUCCAGCAGUUGAUGUCAAUGAUGAUUAGCAAACAUGAUCACCUCUUCCCCAAAGACGCAGAACUGCAAAACAAGCCGCAAGAUGGAAUAAGCAACAACAAUGAAAUUCAGAAGAAAGCCAUGGUGGGUCAGCUGCAGAAUAAGGAGAACAAUAACACCAAGGACAGUCCUAGCAGGCAGUGCUCUUGGGACAAGUCCGAGUCUCCCCAGAGAAGCAGCAUGGAUAACGGAUCCCCCACAUCUCUAUCGGGCAGCAAAACUAACAGCCCCAGGGGCAGCAUUCACAAGCUGGACGUCUCUAGGAGCCCCCCGCUCACGGUCAAAAAGAAUCCCGCCUUCAAUAAAGGCAGUGGGAUAGUCACCAAUGGGUCCUUCAGCAGCAGUAAUGCAGAAGGUCUUGAGAAAACCCAGAACACCCCCAAUGGGAGUUUACAGGCUAGAAGGACCUCUUCCCUGAAAGGGUCUGGCACCAAAAUGGGUACCCACAGUGUACAGAACGGAACGGUGCGGAUGGGUAUUUUGAACACAGACACCCUUGCGAACCCCAUGAACGGUCGCAGCAUGAGCUGGCUGCCCAAUGGCUAUGUGACCCUGAGGGAUAACAAGCAGAAAGAACAAGCGGGAGAGUCAGGCCAGCACAACAGGCUGUCCACCUACGACAACGUGCACCAGCAGUUCCCCAUGGUGAACCUUGAUGACAAGCAGAGUGUGGACAGCGCCACCUGGUCCACGUCCUCUUGUGAAAUCUCCCUCCCUGAGAACUCCAACUCCUGUCGCUCCUCCACUACCACCUGCCCGGAGCAAGACUUUUAUGGUGGGAACUUUGAGGACCCUGUCCUGGAUGGGCCCCCACAGGAUGACCUUUCCCACCCUGGGGACUAUGAAAACAAAAGUGACCGGAGGAGUGUGGGAGGCCGCAGCAGCCGAGCCGCCAGCAGCAGCGACAACAGUGAGACAUUCGUGGGCACCGCCAGCAGCCACAGCGCCCUGCACAGCUUAGUUUCCAGCCUGAAGCAGGAAAUGACCAAGCAGAAGAUAGAGUACGAGUCCAGGAUAAAAAGCUUAGAACAGCGAAACUUGACUUUGGAAACAGAGAUGAUGAGCCUCCACGAUGAACUAGAUCAGGAAAGGAAGAAGUUCACGAUGAUAGAAAUCAAGAUGCGAAAUGCCGAGCGAGCAAAAGAAGAUGCAGAGAAAAGGAAUGACAUGCUUCAGAAAGAAAUGGAGCAGUUUUUUUCUACGUUUGGGGAGCUGACAGUGGAACCCCGAAGAACCGAGAGGGGAAACACGAUAUGGAUCCAGUGAGCCUGCUUCAGCCCGCGGUCUCCCAUGGAUCUGGGAAGGGCUCGGGGGGUUCUGGUGGAAAUAUUAAAUGGGACCAGGUGGCUGGUCACCUGGCCGUACAGUGCUCUCCCUGUGAAGGAAUAUCAUUUACAGACAUUAACCAUCCAUUUCUGCAGUGUGUACCAAAGUUAUAUUCUCAUGCCCAUGAUGCUACUGUCAAGUGUUACAACUGGAUAUGUGUAUAUAGAGUAGUUUUUAAAAAAGUAAACUAAAAAUUAGCAUAUCUCAAGAAUUAUUUUAUUGCAAGCCUUGUAUUUAAAAUGUUAAAUCAAUAUGUUGUUGCAAUUUAGCUUGCUUUCAAGCUUCACCCCUUGCACUUAACAUAAGCUAUUUUUGGCAUUGUGUUAUCUAUCAUCAGCUUAUUUUAUAGAUCAAUAUUUUUAUUUCCCCUUUUGCUGAGGAAAUGAAGAUAAGCAGAUAUAUAAAUAUAUAUAAAUAUAUAUAAGAUGAGUUAUUAAAAUCAAAAGAAUACUUUGUGGCUGUGCUGUUUGUGCCAAUAGUCCUUUACCAUGACCAAAAAGAGAAAUGUCAAGAAUUUUAUAAAAUACAGUAGAAUCA